AUGAGAAGAGCACCGCAAAUCCUUCGACUAAUAUCUUCUGCAAGAACAAGUAGAACCUAUAGCACCGCGCAAAACAAAACACAUUUCGGAUUCACCGAUGUAACCGAGCAGGAAAAAGAGCAAAAAGUGCACGAUGUUUUCGCAAACGUCGCGAAAAAAUAUGAUCUUAUGAAUGACGCAAUGAGUAUGGGAGUUCACCGAUUAUGGAAAGAUUAUUAUGUGGGUGGUUUGAAUAUCCCAUACAACGCAAAGAUUUUGGAUAUGGCUGGAGGCACUGGAGAUAUCGCAUUUCGAUUAUGUCGACAUUCAGCGACUGCAAAAGUAACCGUUUCAGAUAUCAAUCAACCUAUGUUAGAUGUUGGGAAAGAGCGUGCAAAUUCGGAGAAAGAUAUUCAAGUAAAUAGGUUAGAAUGGAUAUGCGCAAAUGCGGAAGAAAUGCCAUUCGCUGACAACACUUACGAUCUUUUCACAAUGAGUUUUGGUAUAAGAAAUUGCACACAUCCUGACAAAGUUAUCCAGGAAGCAUUUCGCAUUUUAAAGCCUGGAGGUCAAUUAGCAAUUUUGGAAUUCAGUCAAGUGAAUUCCGCUUUGAAACCGAUUUAUGAUGCAUACUCGUUCAAUGUGAUUCCAGUUUUGGGUGAAAUUUUGGCGAGUGAUCGAGCAAGUUAUCAAUAUCUUGUGGAAAGUAUUCGAAAAUUCCCGGAUCAAGAUGGAUUUUCGCAAAUUAUUCGGGACAAGGGAUUCGAUAAUGUUAGAUAUGAGAAUUUAACCUUCGGAGUUUGCGCAAUCCAUAAAGGAGUGAAGCCAAGAAAAUAA